GCGGUCACGCGCAGCCCCGCCCCCUCCGCGUCCAUAGGUCUCCGGGAGGCGGCAACCGCUGCUCCGCGGCUCUUCCCGGUGUGCGGGACCGCUGCUCCUCGGCCCUCGACGACUAUGGGGGACCCCAGCAAGCAGGACAUCCUGGCCAUCUUCAAGCGCCUCCGCUCGGUGCCCACGAACAAGGUGUGCUUCGACUGCGGUGCCAAAAAUCCCAGCUGGGCAAGCAUAACCUAUGGGGUGUUCCUUUGCAUUGACUGCUCAGGGUCCCACCGCUCACUUGGUGUCCACUUGAGUUUUAUUCGAUCUACCGAGCUGGAUUCUAACUGGUCCUGGUUCCAGCUGCGCUGCAUGCAAGUUGGAGGGAAUGUCAACGCUUCUUCCUUCUUCCAUCAACACGGGUGUGCCACCAACGACACCAAUGCCAAGUACAACAGUCGCGCAGCCCAGCUCUACAGGGAGAAAGUCAAGUCUCUGGCCACCCAGGCCACCCGGAAGCACGGCACUGAUCUGUGGCUUGACAGCUGUGUGGUCCCGCCUGUGUCCCCUUCUCCAAAGGAGGAGGAUUUCUUCACCUCUCACACAUCUGAGGUCAGUGGCACAGUGAGAGCAGCGCAGCUACAGCCACCUCCUUUAACACCAUGGGCUGCAGAAGCCACUCCUGAGAAGAACGAAGGUGGACCAGAACAAGGACCCAGCGUGGAGGGUCUGAAUGCCCCAGGGAAGGCUAAUUUAGAGGUUUCCUCUAUCAUAAAAAAGAAACCAAGUCAAGCAAAAAAAGGACUUGGGGCCAAGAAAGGAAGCCUGGGAGCCCAGAAGCUGACACGUACCUCCUUCACCGAGAUGGAAAAGCAAGCACAAGCUGUGGACAAGAGGAAAGAGCAGGAGGACCUGGCCAGGGCGGUGCCUAAGGAGGAGUCCGUCAGUGUUUCAUCGUUACGACUGGCCUAUAAGGAUCUCGAAAUUCACAUGAAGAAAGAUGAGAAAUCGAACCUCAGCGGCCAAAAGAAAGUGGAAGCCGAGAGGCUGGGCAUGGGCUUGGGGAGCUGCAGGAGUGGCAUCUCGCAUUCAGUGACAUCAGACAUGCAGACCAUCGAGCAGGAGUCCCCCACGCUGGCGAAGCCAAGGAGGAAGUACCAGGAGGAUCACGAGGACUCGUACUUCACAUCUAGCUCCAGGUUCUUUGAUGACCCCAUGGAGUUAAGAGGCAGCUCCUUUUCUAGCUGGGAUGAGAGCGAGGAUUCCUACUGGAAGAAGGACAGCAGCAGAGACACUGAGCCUGCCGUGAGAAGCACGGGCUCCGCAGACAGACCUAGUGCCCGCCGGAAGCAGGACUAUGAGGCUGUUGAUAAUACAGAUGAAGCCCAGAAGAAAUUUGGCAAUGUCAAGGCCAUUUCCUCAGAUAUGUAUUUUGGAAGACAAGCCCAGGCAGAUUUCGAAACCCGGGCCCGGCUGGAGAGGCUCUCUGCCAGCUCCUCCAUCAGCUCUGCAGACCUGUUUGACGAGCAGAGGAAGCAGACUGCAGGAAACUACAACCUCUCCAACGUGCUGCCCAAUGCCCCCGACAUGGCCCAGUUCAAGCAAGGCGUGCGGUCUGUUGCUGGAAAGCUCUCUGUCUUCGCCAACGGGGUCAUGACGUCCAUUCAGGAUCGCUACGGCUCUUAAUCUUGAUGCUGCGCCGACUCCAUCCUGGCAGAACUCCACUUCAGAUGGACCCAGGACCAUGUCUGGCCAUGCCGAAGCCCCGACAGUUGUGCAGACUGUUUCUGCUUCUCCCCUGAUGUCUGUACUCCUGAUUUUUAAUAGUUCCUUUGAGAUGUUCCCGUUUCUGAUGUAGUAGAAGCUGUGCCGUCACUUCUGUUGGAGGUCAGCGCCUUUGUCACGGUCAAGUGUAGCUUUAUUUUUGUGGGAUUGGUAGAUCUAAGAGCUGGGGGGCUGAGCCCUCCCUCCAACCCCACCCUGGACCUCUAGGGGGACAGGCGCAUCCAUGGACUGGGGGCUCAGGGCUGCUAGAGUCAGCGGAUGCUGGAGAAAUAAAUCAACAGCACAUACCUCUCACUGAAAAGGAGCGGACGGUAAAAGCAAGAGCUGAAGUGCCCAGCAUCUGACGUGACAGAUUCCCAUUGAUUUCAAACAACAUUUAAGCCAUCUGUCCUUUUGUAAAUUAUUUUAUAUGCUCACUACACUUUAAAAUGUUUUCCAAUGAGUUCUUUUAACAAUCCUAAGCUUCCAAAGAGCCAAGGGAGUUUAUUUUAUCAAGAUGUUACUGUUUGAAUUGAUGCAAGCCAAGAACUCCUGAAAUACACUUAGAAAUCGAUGUAUGUACAGAAAACCGAGUAAGGCAAGAAGAUCUGGCUUCAGCCUGUAGUUCGGAGUCUGGGGAAAUGGUGAUUAUAAUUGGGUAGUAUUGUUAAUAUUUUUUUAUCUUGACCUUAGUGUUCCAAAAGUUACAGGAUCUAUGUAAAUCACUAAAGUGACUUGGCUGUGUUUUAGACAGCACUGCACGCAUUGUUCAGCCCAGUAAAAUAUAUUUGAAAUUUGGUGAACCAAAAAUGUGAAUAUUUUGUGAAUCUUUCUUAAAAGGUCCAAUUUGUAGACUUCUAAAUAUAACAGACGGUCACAGCAGA